GGUGGAUUCUCUUGUUAGGCUGUUUCUGAGUAUACAUGUGUUGUGUCUUUCCAGGGGAUAUCAUGCCUCCUAAUGGAGUGAGGGUUGCUAUGGAAAUGCAAGCUGAAGCUGAACGUAAAAAGAGAGCCCAGAUUCUCGAGUCUGAAGGAGAACGCCAAGCCCAUAUCAACAUAGCUGAUGGUAAGAAGAGUUCUGUAAUCUUGGAAUCAGAAGCUGCAAAGAUGGACCAAGUCAAUCGAGCAUCAGGUGAGGCAGAAGCAAUAUUAGCUAGAGCACAAGCAACGGCCAGGGGGUUGGCCAUGUUAUCUCAAUCCCUCAAGGAAACUGGUGGAGUGGAGGCUGCGAGUUUGAGAGUUGCAGAGCAAUACAUUCAAGCUUUUGGGAACAUAGCCAAGGAGAAGAAGAACCGUGUAUAAUGAAGGUCUUUAGGUUUAAUCUCCUGAUGAAAUAGGACGUUGACAGAGAAGAGCCUCAAAGAAUCUAAUGGUGACAUGAACAUUCUUCUGUCUUUUUCUUGAAAUAGCAUGUUGUAUCCUGGUUGUCCGUACAACUACUGUAUAUAUAUAUACGUCUUUGUUGUUUCUCUUAUAUAUCUGCUCAGCAUCUGAUAAGGAAAUUUUUAAAGGAUCAGAAAGGGAGUUUCAUUGUUGGCUCCACAGUUCUUUCCCCUCGUAAUUUGUUUGUUUUUUUUCCACUAACACACCAUGGGAGCCUGUGCGAGCACACCUAAGGAGUCUGAUAUACUUGAAACGCCUGCCACCACCGAAAACGCUGUCGUUGAGUCCAAGAACGUGGAAACCGAAGCUGUAUCUCAGUUAUAGGAGAAGGGAGAUGAAGUUGUUGCAGAAAAGAAGGAAGAGUCUACUGUAGAUGAAGCAGAGACACAGAAGGAACCUGAACCAGCUAACCCGUCUGAGGUAGUCAAGUCUGUCGAGGCUGUGAAGACCCAAGAGACUCUAGAAGCUGCUGGUGAGACUGAGCCACCAAAACA